CCACCCCCGGACUCAGCGCUCUUCACCGGGAUGUCGUCGUGUACCUGCAGGGAGGAUUCGCUCCGGGGAGCCGGAGCCAGAGGACGCGUCUCCGGAGUGGAGCGGCGAUGGAUGCAGGCAGGAGCGGACAAAUAAACCGUGAUCAUCGCUGGGUGUAGCUGUCUGUGCUAAUAGCGCUGCGAGGCUAACGGGAGCUAGCCCUCCUCUCUCCUCCUCCCUCUCCUCCUCCUCCUCCGCCUGCUGCCUCCUCCUCUCUGAACCGACGUGUCUCAGUCUUUUCCUCCGUGAUGAAUUCAGAGUAAACACUUUAUUAUAUUCUCCCGGGGACAUGCUGGAGCCAACGGGGACAUUUCUGUCAAGGAUAACGCACCGGGGCCGUGUGUGCUAGCAUCCCGGAGCUAAAACCCGUGAGCGUCGGUCCCCGUCAUUCGGUUUGUCCUCCCUCCCGUUUGUCCUCCUCCCUGCUCCGUGAAGAAGAAGAAGAAGAAGAUGGUGUCAGAGGAGGAGUGUGUGUGAGGGCGCGCGGAUACACACUCCAUGAAGGUCAUGAUACUGAGAGAAUGAUCAUGCUGGAAAAACAGAGCUCGACGCAGGAGAUCGGCGAGGAGGCCGAGGACGACGCCAUCUUCACCAUCACGCUGAGGAAGGUGCAGCUUCACCAGUCGGCCAGCAAGGGGCAGCGAUGGCUGGGCGUGGACACGGACUCGGCCCUGAGCCUCUACGAGACCUGCAAGGUGCGCACCAUCAAGGCCGGCACUCUGGAGAGGCUGGUGGAGUACAUGGUGUCGGCGUUCAGGGGCAAAGACUCCACCUACGUCACCAUCUUCCUCUGCACCUACCGCUCCUUCGCCUCCACCAAGCAGGUGCUGGAUCUCCUGCUCAACAGGUAUGCCAAGCUCCAGAACGUGCCUGCAGCCACAGCACACAGAGUCUCCCAGGACGACUGCACAGAGCUGAGAAACACUGUCUCCUCCAUCCUGGGCGCGUGGCUGGACCAGUACUCUGAGGACUUCUGGACUCCUCCCACCUACGACUGCCUGCACCAGCUGCUGUCCUACCUGCACCACCACUUCGCCGGCUCGGACCUGGAGCGCCGCGCCCGCAACCUGGUGGCCCACUUCCACCGCCGACAGCAGUGUGAGCCUGAUCCUGAUGGGGAGCACAUCGGCUGCCCGUUCGCCACGCAGGAAGAGAGCGGCUUCGAGGACGAGAUUCCUGCUUUCAGUUUCCUGUCGUUCGACCCCAUCAUGGUUGCAGAGCAGUUCACGUUAAUGGACGCGGACCUGUUUAAGAAGGUGGUGUCCUACCACUGUCUGGGCGGCAUCUGGUCUCAGCGGGAUAAGAAGGGGAAGGAGCACCUGGCUCCCACCAUCAGAGCCACCGUGGCCCAGUUCAACUCCGUCACUAACUGCGUCAUCACCACCUGCCUGAGCAACCCCACGCUGAAGCCCAACCAGAGAGCGCGGCUGCUGGAGCGGUGGAUAGACGUGGCUCGGGAGUGUCGGAUCCUGAAGAACUUCUCGUCGCUGCGUGCCAUCCUCUCCGCCCUGCAGUGCAACGCCAUCCACCGCCUGAAGAGGACCUGGGAGGAGGUGUCCCGAGAAAGCUUCCGCACCUUCCGCGAGCUGUCGGAGAUCUUCUCAGACGACAACAACUACUCCCUCAGCCGAGAGCUGCUGGUGAAGGAGGGCACUUCUAAGUUUGCAACGUUGGAGAUCAACCCCAAACGAGCUCAGAGGAGACACCAGCAGCAGAGGGACCUGGGGGUGAUGCAGGGGACGAUUCCCUACCUGGGGACCUUUCUGACGGACCUGGUGAUGAUGGACACUGCCAUGAAGGACUACACUGAGGGUGGUCUCAUCAACUUUGAGAAGAGAAGAAAGGAGUUCGAGGUGAUCGCUCAGAUCAAGCUGCUUCAGUUGGCCUCCAACAACUACAGCUUCACUCAGGACAGCCACUUCAGAGAGUGGUUCGCAUGCGUGGAGAAGCUCAGCGAGGCCGAGAGCUACAACCUGUCCUGUGAGAUCGAGCCUCUGUCGGAGUCGGCCAGCAACACGCUCAGGGCCAAGAAGAACGGAGGAAUCAUGAAGCGCUGGAGCGAUCGUCAGUUGACCGAGGCCGGGUGCAGCGGCGGCGCAGGCUCUCACUCCAAGUCCUUCGACCAGUCCCACUACAGACCGUACCAAGGAGGGGGGGGCGACAGCGGCGAUGCUCUCAGCGUCACCUCCGUCAGCUCCAGUGGCUCGGACCUGGAGGACGUGAACGCCAGCUUCUUGUCCGACUCCCCUGAGGGACACGAGAGGAAGACGUCGACUCCUUCGGUGAAACUCACCGUCUCCGCUCUGGGGAGAGAAGCUCCAGCAGCAGAAACCACAUCAACGUUCUGGGAGUGUACGUCUCUGUCGUCUCUGGAAACGUCCGGGAUGGGCUCCAGCUCCGGCUCGGCCUCCGGCUCGAGCAGCGCCUCCUCCUCCUCCGUCUCCUCGUCCACUCCGCUGUCGGCCAACCGCUCCCACAAGCGCUCGGUGUCGGCCGUGUCCAACUACUCCACCCUGUCGCUGCCGCUCUACAACCAGCAGGUGGACGACUGCUGCAUCAUCAGGGUCAGUCUGGACGUGGAGAACGGCAACUUGUACAAGAGCAUCCUGGUCACGAGUCAAGACAAGACUCCGGCCGUCAUCAGGAAGGCGAUGAUCAAACACAACCUGGAGCGGGAGAAGUCCGAGGAGUACGAGCUGAUGCAGAAAAUCUCUGAGGACAAAGAGCUGCGAAUCCCGGACAACGCCAACGUUUUCUACGCCAUGAACUCCACUGCCAACUACGACUUCGUGCUGAAGAAGCGCGGCUUGGCUCGGCCGGUGCGAGCCAAGAACGUGGCCAGCUCGACGCUGCCUCGCAUGAAGCAGAAGGGACUGAAAAUCGCGAAGGGGAUCUUCUGAGGCGACGGGCGCAGCUCUCUGUCACCCCCUCACCCCCCCGACACCCUCUCUGCUCGCCGCUCCUCAGAGGAAACAUUUGUGUUUCGCGUCUGCCCGAGGGAAACUCCCCCGAAGUGUCUGAGUCUCGGUUUGGACAAAGACUUGAGAUCACCGAGGAGAGAAAACGACCACGCCGCCUUUCUGCGGAUGAGCAGAGGAAACGCCUUCGCUCUGUGGGACCGCCGCCGCGUCCCCGGGACGCCCCGAGGAUUUGAAGGGGGCGGGGUCGCUCGCAGGACACGCCCACGCACAAGCUGUUUCUGACGUUUGCGGGGAAACAAGCAGCUGCGUUGGAGCGGUGUGCUGCCGCUCUGUGGCUCGACUCGGCGGACGCUCUGGUUUGCGUCGGCUCGUGGAGAAGCAGAUUCCUUUCAUUCAUUUCUGUUUACAUUUGUUUACAUUUUUAACAUCACCUGGUCAGCUCUUAAGAUUUUGUUUCCUCCCUUCGAGAGGAUUUUUUUGCACCUUCACUUAAACACUUUUUAAUCCCUCUACAGCCUUCACCCCCGUGUUUCCCUCCGCGGUCGAAAGUGCGCCCCCUCCUGGCCUGGAGUGUACAUAAAUGAACAAAUCGAAACCACGGCCGGAAAAUGCAGAUGUGUGUUUCAGCCGGGUGUUCGAAUGUGUUUCUAUUUUUUCAGGGACCUUUUAUCAUGAGUGUACCGCCGCCUUUUCCGUCCUGUCUUGUUUUGUGGCGUCUUGCUCUGGUGCUGCUGAUCAUCUUUCUGAGGCGGUCGCUGCUUCCUCUGCUUCCUGACCGCCGGCGGCCAUGUUGGAAGAAAUGUCUCCAAAACACACAAGUCAGGAAAUUGAUCCGAAUCCAUUUAAAUUCGUUUUUGUCAUUUUUCAAGUAAAAAUUCAGAUACUCAUUGUAUAGAAGUUGUGAGGAUUUGAUACUUUUCAGUUUCUUCCUGUUUUUAACGACAAAAAACAAAAAAAAAUCUACAUUAUGAGACAAAGUCAAAAUGUUAAUAUUUUGAUUUAAAUCUCAUCGUUUAGAAAUUACUUUUUAUGUCAGAAAAAAAACAGCAGUGAGUCUGAUUAAUUUCUUUAAAGUCAUAAUAAAUAUAAUAUUACAUAAAAUAAAUAAAGUAUUGAUAAUUGUGUUUUUUUUGCUUGAAAAAUGAUCCCAACCAUUUCCAGAGAACCAUUCAAAAUACUUGUUGAAUGAUUUGAGCGUUAGCGGCAGUGAAGGCCGGCCGACUGUGUUCACACUCGUAUUCUAUAUGAGGUGAAUCAAACCUGAGCUGUAACAUCAUCAUCUACGCAAGAAAUAUAUUACAGAAUGAAUAAAACAUCAAGUCAACCAGGAUCUUCUAUCAGAUCAUAUCAUUGUAGCUCUUCCAACAUGGCGGCUCAUCCUUCAUAUUCAAUCUUAACCACUUUCUAAAUGUGCCAUGACAGGCCUGUGUGUUUCCCCGGACACGUCCUGCUGAUUUAUCCUGCAGGAUGUUUCACCGCGUGUCGGCUGUGGUUAACGUGCCGGUGAUGACGGCGGAGUCUCUCCUCUCUGGGCUCCGACUCUCAGCCGGUGAGGAGAGAAUUGGAUUUUGAUGAUUCGCGUCUGUAGGAUGAGUCUAAACUGCAGAGAAGCUCCUCAGAUGGUCGAGUUUCGAUGGAGACUUUGAGUCCGAGCCCAGAUUGACGAUGGCGAUGCUUCCAAACUGCACACGAGGGAACAAACUCCCUCAGUUUCUCUGUGCUGCUCUCAAGCUGCUUCUCUUGAAGGAAAAAUCCAACCUGAAAACAGUGCUUAUGUUUUAAAAAAAUCAUCUGGGAUCUGCUUUCCAUUCAGAUUCAGACACGGUUCAUUCUCGUGAAUCAUUGUUGUUGUUGGGACUUCUUUUCUGGAUUUUAUCUGCUCGCACACAACAGUCAUUUAGGAAAAGAUCUGUUUUUUAAUAUGAUAAACUAAACCCCAACUCCUCUUAUUGGCUGUUCAGCUCCGCACAAACACACUUUGUCGGUUUUAUAAUGAUAACGUAAUAAUCAUGUUUAUUCGUUGAGCACUUUUCACGCGGCCAAGAGAAACAAAGUACAAAUCUAAAUUAUAAUGAGCGGUGAAGGAUAAACAGAAGAAGUUACACAAAAUUAAAGUAAAACUCUAAUUGAACCAGGAUCGUGUCCUUGAUGAAAGUUUGUUGAAAUAAAGAAGAAUUUCAAAGACUCACUUCUUCUUGGAUUGAAAAGUAACUGAGGUUUAAUAUAAUGGAUGUGAGGAGGAACCAUGUGAGUUCAUGUUUGUAUUCAGACUCCAACUCCAUGAUAAUCAUGUCAAUUCAUAUUAAAUCAACAGCAACAUUUUCACAUCUCACAGAAUUCUUAGAAAUUAAGGGAAAGUGGGUUCACACAAGAAAAACCAAAACAAAGGUUGGAUUUUUCCUGGUGACUUUUUUCAUUCCACAGCAACUCAGACAAAACACUCAACUCUGCCCGGAUUCCACCGGCGCCACAUUCUGCCUUUUUCUUUCUCUAGUUUUUUUUUUUGUUUUGCCUUCAUGAAGUUCAUAAGUCAUCAAACGAAUGAAGCCCCCCCCCCCCCCCCCCAAAAAAACCCUGCGGAAGCAAUAUGGUGGUGAGCGGCGGCGGGAGGCACAUCUCUGUCACUGUGGAUGUUGUCGGUGAAAUCCUUCGCUGUUGAACACUGUGACCUUUGACCCUUUCACUCCGCCUGUUGAUUGGCGCGUCACGUCGAGCACUGUGAACAAAAAGAACUCCAUCUCAUUCUCCCGGUUAACGGUGUCGUGGUGAACGUCGUGACAGGCUCGGCUCUUCAUGUGCCAAAAAUAACAAGGAGAGAGAGAGAAGGUGGAUUUAACUGACGAGUCUUCUGCCUUUCACAGUGGAAAAAAAAAAGUCUGAAUGUUUAACUGUUGUUGCUUUUUUUUUCUUUCUCCUCGCUGGAAAAAAAACUAAGAAAAGGGGUUUGAACACUAUGAACAAUGUAACCGGGUCACGUUUCCCUUGUGGAGGAUUAGAGGCGUCCAGAUAAACGUGAAGCAGAGAUGUUUGUCAGGAGCUGAAGGUGAAGCCGUCACAUUCAUGAACUCCUCAUGUCGGUGGCGUCUUCAUCCAUGAAGCAGUUUUUAUUCCAAACAAACACUGCAGGGGAUCGAGAAAGACUUGAUCCAAACUGUAAAACCUCUGGGAUGUUGCAUAUUUCCUCUAAAAUGGUGCUCGAGACAGUUCUGCUUCUUUUGGUGGAUGUUUCAGGGAUAAAAAAAAACAAAACUUUAUCUUCGAUUACUUCCCUCUGGAUCUAUUCAGACAUUUGCAGUCCGGUUUUUAAGAGCUCCUCCUCUCACUGUAGACUAUCGGAGAAUAUUCAUACUUUUCUACAUGAUGAGUUGAAACGGUGUCUGUCCACUGUCAACUAAUUCCAAAAAUGCGUCUCCACACAAACGCUCUUUUUCUAAACAACUGGACAUAAUGGGAAUCAGAGGGAAAGUGUUAAUUUGUCAGGGACUACUUUCAGUGGCAGAUAAACCCACAUUUGGUCUUUUAGUAAUAACAACUAUAAUAAUAAACUUGAUUUAUAUAGCGUUUGCAUAUAGAAAUAGAAGAUUGUCACAUCAUUUUGAAAAGGAAAACAGAUCAAAUGAAUUAGGCUUUACAGGUUGGGGGGGUAGUGGGUCUCUAUGUGUUCAGGGGUUAAAGAGGCGCCCGGACCAGAGUCCCUGUGUGAAGUGACGCAAAACGAGUACAGAUAAACACAAAGACACACAAAGCGACAGAAGAGGGACACAACAUUUCUCUAAAGACUUUCAGAACGACAGCAAAGACAAAAGCAAAUAAUAAAAAACACACAAAAGAGUCUUUCAGUUUCCCCUUUCGUACACAGCAGAGAUGGGGGGGGGUUAUUGUCCCGUAAAUGGUCCGUGCCAGCGAAUAUUUGGGGCAACAAAACUGUGUGUGUGUGGUGAUGAAGGACCCUGUGACCAUGUGACACAGUGUAGCUCGCUGACGUCUUUUGAAUUGUCACUGGGAACAAUGGAGACACACACACACACACAUAUUUCUAAAUAUAAUAUCUGUUGGUUUGACUUUACAUGAGAUCUGUUGAUAAUAAUGGGGAAAUCGGGCCUGACCAGUUUCUCCAACGUAACUUGGAGCCAGCAUCAGAUCUUUUUUUUUUUUUUGGCAUGUUUGUUUGGAACAAAAACUUCCCCCUGAUAAACCGAUGCUAACCAGGGGGGGUGGGGGUGGGGGGGCUGUGUGUCGUCUCGUGUUGACAUGACGUACCUUUUGUGAUUUGACCUGAUUCUGUGCGAGUUUGAACAAAAAAAAAUUGAAACAAAAAAAAGCUGCGUUUACAAGAAGAUGAUAAAAAAAAGAAAAGAAGUGGAAACCAGCCUGCGUGGUGUGUCUGACUUUAUUUCUCUUUUUGGGUUUUGUUCCCCUGGACUGUGCUCGGGUGCCAUUUUCCAUUUUAACAAAAGAGUUUUGAACUUUUUCUAACUGCAGUCUCUUCUUUCAUUUUCGUUUCCUAACUUUCC